CAAGCACAUAUGAUUCCAUUCAUCCCGACAAGCCGAAGAUCCGGUUCCCUGUCGGACCAACAAACAAAGACAGCAUACAGGGCUUCACUCAUCCGUGCUGUACGAAUUAGAUGCCAGCAGAAAACGAGCAGCAAUUCUCUGUCACCAAAGCGGCAACAGUUGGGCCUAAAAAGGUACCCCAAGCCUGCAUUUCCGCACCCUGCACAUGCAGCCCUUCUGGCAUUCUCUUGCGCGACAACCAUCACCGAGUCCGAAACCACAGCUGCUCGUACCAUUUCUACCCCCCUCGUUUGUUCUUUGUCACGGCAUGCGCAGCAACGCUCAAGCAAGUAAAACAAUCUCACUACAGCUCCCUGCCUUGCCGUGCUAGUCUCCAUCGGGCGGAUACACGCAGCAGCCCCCCCAGCACAAUCCUCGACUGGCCAUCAUCGGAUCGCAUGCCAUCACUGCUAAGCUUUUUGUUGCCUCGAAGCUUGUCUGAUCUUUCAGCGACCUCCCCCGUUCACCCCGUGCCGAGUCCCGUUUCCUGUUCUCGCCAGCCGUCGGAUCGAUUCAGGUUGUUUCUUAUCAAACUACACGUACACCUCUGGACCUUGUUCUUGUUCCUUAGGAAGCUAAGAUGUCGGAGCAAUGCGGAGAAAUCAAACCAAAACAACAGACAACCGCACGCCUUAGCUCGGAGGAGAGAGAGGGAGAGGGAUUAUGGCCGCCAGCUGCUUGAGGGGCAACGCCGCCUGGAUACAGAAACCAUCUCCUUUCCGUUCAAUCACGCCAAGAACUUUUAUUCGUCCGCCAUUUGUAGUGACGACCUAGCCAUGCCAGUACAACGAUCCAAUUGAAAAUUUUACGAGGGGAAGUCUACUUCUUAGUCGCGUUGUAGCCCGUUUCUCGCCUGCACCCUUCCGACAGUAGAGUUUCUCCCACCACACACGGGCCCAACCACCUGACGGCAUCUUGUGCCGACUAAUUUACUGUAAAGUACCUACAGAGUACAGAGUACGGAUAGCGGCAUAGGCUUCCCUUACGCCGACCGAUGCUUGACAGCUCGACCAUGUCGCCCGUCCAUUUUCGGCAUUCUCUCGCUCGGAUCCCCCAGCCAUACAUACGCCUUCCCUCGCGUGGUUCUCCAGGCAAAUAAGCCCUCGACGUGGAGACCUUCACAACUAUUCCGUUGCUUUCACCCUCUCCCACCUCCUUGCCACGCAUUGGCAAACCUUGGGAGGCCUUGGGACAUGUCAUACGGCAGUGCUACGGCAACUGGUUCUCGGCCGACGAUGGCAUCGUACGACACCCGCCCAUGAGACGGCAACUAGAUAAUCCGCCGCACUGAGCAAACAUGUUGACCUUGGAACGGAAGAAAGCAAUUGCGGUCGGGACGCUCUCCUGCGCGAGGUUGUCAAUCACCUGGACGCGCGCCCUCAGACCGCCUCUCUGCGCUUGGUUACGGGAAGCACGCAUUGCGCGGCCUGCAAAAGGCCCUCCAGUCAGGUCGGUUCGUUACCAGUGCCAAUGCUGAUAUGGAUACCGGUGGUGCCAUCCAGAACCCGGGAUCCAACGAUGUUUGUCCCGCGGCAAUACGGCCCAUGGGGAAAGCUUCUAGCGACCACUUCGCCUUCUAGUCUCGAUCUGUCGACCGCCUCUCAGUCUUGGCAGCCCUGUUUCACAUCUCUCAGUGUCGGCUACCCGCUUGAUCUUGAUGGCAUCACGCCUCGUGGGAGCAUCAUACUGACCAACAGGCUCCGCGCGCUUGCACUACAGGCAGAUAUUUAUCACUGCGUUGCUGACUUGAAAGUAUUCUACGCGUUUGAAUCUAGGGCCUUCCUACCGCCAAGGUAUGCAACGUACUACCUGCGUUCAUACGGAGAGGACUGGCGCUAGGUGGCUGCCACAGCGCGCAAGCAGACGUCAUUGAAACAACGGGUGCCCCCCCCAAGUUUAGACACCGGGACAGGGCUACUUGGCUCGCAUGCAACUGGCAUUUUUGCUGCUCUAUCCCUGCUAACAGCGUCGCAAACUCGCAGACUCCGCAAAGACCACAUGCCAUGGCGAAACUGAUCGGGUAUCGUCGAUACUGCAACAUGUCCUGCGAGCCUGAAUAAUCAAUUUUUCCAAUCGCCCCGGCUUCUUUCAGGUCAGCCGAAUAUGCCGGAGAGCGCCAUCGUCUCUUCCUGCACCGCGCUCGGCAUCUUGCAGCCAACCUCCCGGCCCUGAUCUGGCGCCGUCCCUUUGUCUCACCCGGCAAGAAAAGCCGAGGAUCAUCCAUACGUCAUGCGCCCACCUGGCGUCUGAUUUGCCAGCACGUUGCGGCUGGCUGCGACACAGAUACGCCCGACGACAACGGGAGCGCAGGAAAGGGGGGGCCUGAUGGGCUGCCCCUCAAUUUCCUCUCUGACCGCGCGUCUUCUGGAUGUUGACCAGUUGUCGGUAUGGGGGCUCAGGAGGGGAGGUUCGCCUCUAGGGGCUGUGCCUAACGGCAAUUUCUUUGGGUCGGUAUUACACUCAGGUGAAUAUCUUGGCCUGUCUGUCUUGGCCGUGUGCAUCUUGGGGUUGAUUGCACUGUUGUGGCCCCCAAGACGCGAGAGUCUCGCCCUUCACUUGCCCAGCCCACAGCCACGGUAGCCCACAGCCACGGUUCGCACCCAUCUGCCCUCAUUAUCGGCAUGUAUUAAAACGGCUAGCGCAGGUUUUUUCUAGGUUGCCAAGUGCUUCUGGUUAACUUUGUUGAAGAAGCACAACGUUGGAGGGAGCUAUCCCAGUCUCUUUCUCGUUCUCGUAGAUUAGUCCAGCCAGGUAGAACUCUACAUAUGUCAGUCAUUAAAAGUCUUUUACAGGCCAAGACUCCAGGCUCUGUUCCGUGGGAGCGUUUG